AUGCCUGCAACAGAUCUUGAUAAGCGAAUAUCAACUAAAUAUGGUUGGCAUGUUGAUUUCGACAAACAAUUUGAUGCAACAUGGCGGCCAUUUGGAAGACCAAGACUUAAACAAUUGGUUGAAUAUGUACCGCUAUUUAUGAGAUAUCUUCGUAUAUGGUAUAAAUUAAGACGAGCAAAACGAAGAGCACAUAUGGAUUUUAUUAAUCCAAUACCACUACAACAAAUUUAUGGUGCACCACUUGGUGGUUUGGGUUGUGGAACAAUCGGUCGCGGUUUUAAAGGAGAAUUUUGCCGUUAUCAACUUGUACCAGGUCUUUAUGAAUUUCAUACUGUUGAAGCAAAUACAUUUACUGUUUGUAUUCGUCGUCGACAUACAACAACAUAUUGUCAAGUUUUAACACCUAAUCAUUUACGAAAAAAAGGAUUCCGCGCAUGGAAUUGUGCAUUUCCAAAAGAAAAUGGUCAUUACCAUGCUUUAUAUCCACAAUCAUGGACGACUUAUGAUUUACCUGGUCAAAAUAUUCGAUUACUAUGCCAACAACUCUCACCUUUUAUACCACAUAAUUAUAAAGAUUCGUCUCUUCCAGUUGCUUCUUUUGUUUGGUAUAUUGAAAACUUACAUGAUGAACCAGUUGAAGUUAGUUUAAUGUUUACAUGGCAAGCUGGUUCCGCAUCUGAUGAAUUCGCUUGUGAAGAUGUUGUUCAUGAAACAGUUAAUGUUUCCGAUUCUGAUCUAUCUGCUACUGGUAUAUCAAUAAAACAAAAACUACGCGAUAUGAAACUUGAAUAUUGUAUAUUAGGAAAAAAAGAAUCCGAUAAUAUAAUAACAACACGAACAAAUUUUAAUACCGAUUCCGAAACUGAAGGAAACGAUGUAUGGUUUGAUUUUGUUACUGAUGGUCAAUUAACAGAUGCAGAAUCGCAUCUUUCAAAAAUAUCAACAGUAAAUACAGCUAGCUGUGUAUCUAUAACAACAACAGUUGAACCAAAUUCUAUUAAAACAUCUGAAUUUGCACUUGCUUGGAAUAUGCCAGAAGUUAAAUUUGGUCUUGGACAAAAACUAUAUUCAAAAUGGUAUACAAAAUGGUUUGAUAAAUCAACAUUAAAUGGAACCGUCCUUUGUCUUUAUACAAUGAAUAAUCGAUUAGCAUGGGAAGAAGCUAUUGCUAAAUGGCAAAAACCAGUUUUAGAUGAUACAUCAUUACCAGAUUGGUAUAAAAGUGCACUAUUUAAUGAAUCCUAUUUUAUAGCUGAUGGUGGUUCCAUCUGGCUUGAUGUAAGUGAUGAUACUACAUUACCUGAUCAUGUUAGAAAAUGGGGUCGAUAUGGAUAUUUAGAAGGUCAUGAAUAUCGAAUGGUGAAUACAUAUGAUGUUCAUUUUUAUGCUUCAUUUGCUCUGAUACAAUUAUGGCCGGAAUUGGAAUUAAGUAUUCAAUAUGAUUUUGCACGAUCAAUUAUUUAUGAAAAACUUGAAUCAAGAAUUUACUUAUUUCAUGGUCAAGCAGGUCAAUGGAAAACAUUACAUUCUGUUCCACAUGAUCUUGGUGAUCCCGAUGAAGAACCAUGGUUAUUAAUUAAUGCUUAUAUUGCUCAUGAUACAGCUGACUGGAAAGAUUUAGGUCCAAAAUAUCUAUUACAAAUAUAUCGUGAUUAUAUGUAUACUAAAAAUAAAGAUUUUCUUGCUGAUGUAUGGACAACUGUUAAAUUUGUUACAGAUCGUCUUAAAAAACAAGAUACUGAUGGUGAUGGUUUAGUGGAUAAUGGCGGCUUUGCUGAUCAAACAUAUGAUGCAUGGACAGUCGUUGGAGCAAGUGCAUAUUGUGGAGGUUUACAUAUUGCCUCUCUUCGUGCUUGUGUAGAAAUGGCUCGACUUAUGAAUGAUACAAAUGCUGUUGAUGAAUAUGAAGUAUGGCUUAAAUUAGCUAAAAAAUCUUAUGAAGAAAAAUUAUGGAAUGGUAAAUAUUAUAAUUAUGAUUCCAGUAUAUCACUUCAUCAUGAUAGUAUUAUGUCUGAUCAAUUAGCUGGUUUUUGGUAUUUACGUUUAUCCGGUCAUAAAUAUGAAGAUUUCAACAAAGAACGAGUAGAUAGUGUACUUGAUACGAUCUUUAAAUCAAAUGUCAUGGCAUUUGGUAAUGGUAAACUAGGUGCUGUCAAUGGAAUGACAAAAUCAGGUGAAUUAGAAAUUGUUAGUAUGCAAUCCGAAGAAAUAUGGACUGGUAUUACCUAUGGUUUAUCAUCAACAAUGAUGAUGGAAGAUCGCCGAAAAGAAGCAUUCCUAACAGCAGAAGGUAUUUAUAAUACAUGUUUCAAUGAAGCUGGUUUAGCUUUUCAAACACCAGAAGCAUUAACCCGUGAUGCACAUUUUCGAUCUUGUGGUUACAUGCGUGCAUUAAGUAUUUGGGCAAUACAAAAAGCAUUGGAAUUAUCUAAACUGGAAACAGAGACCAAUAGUAGUAUCAGAACAGAUUAUGUUUAA